GUUGUCGGAGUCGGAGCCGAAAUGGCGGGUGUUCGAUGUGUACCUGCUGGCGCCGAGUUGUUGGAUUCGGAUGACGACUGGUACAUGGACUAUGACGGCCCUGAGCACCAGAACAUAACGCCUGUCAAGGCAUACGAAAUAACAAACAGCUCACUGGACCAGUCAUCAGUGCUUGAACCAAAAAGCAAUGAAGAGGCAAGCGCAUUUAAAGAAGCUUUAUCAUCACAGAAUGUGUGUUUGGUUGAACAAAUUCUGAACUCUGGUUUCGAUGUGGAGAUGCGUUUUAGUCUUGGGUGGACUCCUUUGAUGUACGCUGCAAACAUCGCUAACUUUGAGAUAUGUCGCUGUCUUCUCGAUAGAGGUGCAAAAGCAAAUUUUAUGAAAGAUCAAUAUUCAGUGUUGAUGGCUGCCUGUGCUAGCAGUGAGUCAGAAGAAAAAGUGAUGAAAUGUGUAGAGUUGCUAUUGUCCAGAAAUGCAGAUCCAAAUGCUGCCAGCAGUAGUCAGAUGACCCCACUGAUGUAUGCGGCCAGACAAGGACAUACUCAGGCUGUUAUACUACUAGUGUCUCAUGGAGCAGAAAUAAAUGUCCAAGAUGACAGAGGAUACACAGCACUAAUAUGGGCGUCAAGUCAAGGCCACAAAAGUACAGCACUGAAGUUAAUUGACUUCGGAGCUGAUAAGACACUGAAGACCAAAUAUGGAGAAACGGCAGCUGAAAUUGCUGAGAAAAAACAUCAUUCACAGUUGGCAAUGCUACUCAAAGUAACUUCAAUUUCAUCAUUAUCAAAAAAACUCCAGAACAUGUCUAAAGAUGAGGCAAUUUACAAAUACUUCGUAAAUAAUUCUAAUAUGGAAAGCAACAGUAUCAGUUUUCAUAGUUCAGUUUCAGCUUUUGGUGAAAUGGAACUAUUUCUGUCUGGACUUGAUCUUGAACAUCUUAUGGAGUUAUUUAAGGAGAAUGAUAUAUCUUUUAGAGAUCUUCUAACAAUGGGGAAAGAAGAUCUUGAAAAGAUUGGAAUCACUGAUCCUAACGACCAGCAGAAAAUUACAGAUGCCGUUUGUGAACUGCAACCAGAAGAUCAACAGGUUGCUGAAGUACCAAUGCUGAAUAAUUUUGAUUGCAGCGCUGAAGAACUUGCAAUUUUUUUAAUAAAACUGAAGAAGCACUGCAAUCACCUGAUGGCAACAAUUCAGAAUGUGACGAACCAACUAGGAAGCAACUCAGAACUGAGAGUAUUGGAUUUGGACCCUGACAGAAAAUCAGCUUUGAUCUGUGAUGACUUGGUUAAGUGUAUUCAAGAUCUGAAUAAAGAAGUGGAAAGUUUGAGGAAUCUUCUACUAAAGUUGCAGAAUAAACAGGAGAGGGCUCCCAAUCGGAUGCCACCAGUGCAGAAUAGCUUUCAUCACAAUCGAUUCUUAAGGAAGGCAGCGGUCAUCCUAUUUGGAACCGGAUUUGUUAUUCUCCUCAUGAAAGUACAUAAUAUGAGAAAUUAGUUAGAAAUUAGAUGGUGUUUUUUUUAAUACUUGAUCUCUGUUGGCUUGUUGAUAAAGAAGAGCACUACUUGUAAUUUUCAAUUGUUAAGCACAAUAUACAGGUUUAAGAAAGCAUCUUAGUAAUUACUACUGAAAAUGUCACCAACAGUAUGCUUACAAAAUCAAUUUUGAAUAAAACAUUUGAAUUU